AUGCGUUGGUCCAUUGUCUCUUACGGAUUCGGUUGGGACGAAUCGAGCGAUGCACACAAGGUGUUUGUUGUUUUGUUUAGUCCUAAAGGGAUGGUGGGUAAACUUUAUUGCUCAAACACAAAUUCAUGGAAACUAGUAUCUGAGCAUCCUGAUUUUGAUUUGGAAUUAAUAUGCGGUAAGGCGGAGUUUGUGAGCGGGAAGCUUCACUGGCUGAGGAAGAGUGGCGGAUGGUACGCUGCCAACAUUGCUACCUUCGACUUGAAGAGCGAGGAGUUCGGAGUGAUGGAGCUGCCAUGUGAGUCGACGCUGUCGUUGAGCGUCAAUGAGGGGUGCCUUAGCGUGGUUUGUUCUAAUUAUAAGAGAGGGCAUUCGGAUGUGUGGGUAAGGAAGCAGGAUUCUUGGGUGAAAGCGACGGAUGAUGUUGUUUAUGAGCCUUGUGAAAUUCUUCCAUCCGUAGCCCCAUUUAGCGCAGUCGACGAUGUGGAGAUUCGGCUAGUUCGUGGUUCGACUUUUGAGCUCGACGAUCCAGCACAGGAUGAUGAUGUGCUUUCACGGAUCAAGAAACUUAAACCUUCCUUUCCAACGAAUCUCUACGUCGAAAGUUUAGUCUCUCCUGUCGCUAACAAGAGUGAAGAGGGGCAACGGUGCCUAGAUAUACCAAAUUUCACCUAA